AUGAUUUCAGGUGAGAUCCUUGGCAAAUUUCAGCGACUGUGGGCUGCUUCGAUGUUCAUAUGGAGCGUCAGUAAGCCAAUCGUGUCCAAGCAAAACAGAGACGAGGCUAGAGAUUUAUUCGGCAGAAUGUUGGUAGGUGUUGUGCUGAGUCUGGACCGUGGUCAUGGCUGCGAGGUGUUUAAUCUCGGUCGAGGCACACCCGGUCUGGCAACGACGUGGAAUUGGUAUUCGAAGCUCUACAACACGAAGACGAAAGAGUCGAUGAUCGAGCAAGCUUAA